AAACACUGCUGCUACACACUCACUCAGUCAGUCUGUACUCAGAAACAGAACGGCAGUGUGUCCCUGCACUCAGCCAUCCCCGCCCUCCUCUCACCUCACCUCGCCCGGGAUCCUCAUUCAUCUUCAGAAGCUCACAGCAGCAGCAGACAUGGUGCUCCACCACAAAGAGUUCACCAAUGCAGGCAAGAAAGCAGGCCUGCAGAUUUGGAGGAUCGAGAAUCUGGAGCUGGUCCCCGUGCCGGAGAACUUACAUGGAAACUUUUACACUGGAGAUGCGUACGUGAUCCUCUCCACGGUCAAACAGAAGGACAGCUUCUUCUACCACCUGCACUACUGGCUGGGAAAGGAGUGCAGCCAGGACGAGAGCGCCGCUGCAGCCAUCUUUACUGUACAUUUGGAUGAUUACCUUGGUGGUAAGCCCGUCCAGUACAGAGAACUGCAGGGGGUCGAGUCGACAGCCUUCACCAGCUACUUCAAGGGAGGGAUCACUUACAAAACAGGAGGUGUCGCCUCGGGUUUCCACCAUGUGGUCACCAAUGACCUUUCAGCGCAGAGACUCCUCCACAUCAAGGGCCGGAGGGUCAUCAGGGCCACCCAGGUCCCUCUCAGCUGGUCCAGCUUCAACAGCGGAGACUGCUUCAUCAUCGACCUUGGAGAUAAAAUCUAUCAGUGGUGUGGAUCCAAGUGUAACAAGUUUGAGCGACUGAAGGCAGCACAAGUGGCCAGAGGUAUCCGUGACAACGAGAGAAAUGCCCGAGCUGAACUUGUGGUUGUAGAAGAGGGAAGUGAACCAACCAAGUUAACUGAUGUCCUCGGUGUCAAGCCAGAGCUGUCAGAGGGGGAUGACGAUGAUGACACGGUGGCAGACUUGUCCAACAGGAAAAUGGCUAAACUACACAUGGUAUCUGAUGCGUCAGGAUCCAUGAAAGUGACCGUUGUGAAGGAGGAAAACCCAUUCCUCCAGAGCGACCUGCUCUCGGAUGAGUGCUUCAUCCUGGAUCAUGGCAAUAACAACAUUAUAUUUGUAUGGAAAGGGCAUAAAGCCAACCCCAACGAAAGAAAGGAGGCCAUGAAGACUGCUGAGGGCUUCAUCAAACAAAUGGGCUACCCAGCAAACACACAGAUCCAGGUGUUGCCAGAGGGUGGAGAGACUCCCAUGUUCAAGCAGUUCUUCCUGGGCUGGAAGGAAAAAGACCAGAGUGAUGGUUUUGGGAAGGUGUUCGUCACUGAGAGGAUCGCGAGGAUCCAGCAGGUGAAGUUUGACGCCUCCAAGCUUCAUGAGUCCCAGCACAUGGCAGCCCAGUACAACAUGGUGGAUGAUGGCAGUGGAGACACGCAGAUCUGGAGGGUGGAGAGCAUUGGCAGAGUUCCCAUUGACCCAAAGAGCUACGGUCAGUUCUACGGUGGGGACUGCUACAUCAUCCUGUACACAUACGGGAAGAGACAGAUCAUCUACACCUGGCAAGGAGCCAGCUGCUCUUUGGAUGAGCUAACAGCGUCUGCGUUCCUGACUGUAGAACUGGAUCGUUCACUGGGAGGGAAUGCCGUUCAGGUCAGAGUGUGCCAGGGUAAGGAACCCCCACAUCUGCUGAGUCUCUUCAAGUCUAAGCCCCUCAUUGUAUAUAAGAGUGGUACGUCCCGCCUCGGAGGUCAAGCCCCCCCACCUCCAAUCCGACUCUUCCAGGUGCGACGGAACCUGGGCAGCAUCACCAGGAUAGCUGAGGUCGAUGCCUGUGCAGCCAGUCUGAACUCCAACGAUGCCUUCCUGCUGAAGAUGGCUGACGGGCGGGGCUAUAUGUGGAUGGGCAAAGGGGCCAGUAAAGAAGAGGAAAAAGGAGCUGAGUACAUGAGCGAAGUGCUGAACUGUCGCAGCAAAAGGAUCAAGGAAGGAAAUGAACCAGAUGAAUUCUGGGCAGCAUUAGGAGGAAAGACAAAGUACCAGAACUCAGAAGGACUGGAGAGUGAGACCAUGACUCACCCCGUUCGUCUGUUCGGAUGUUCCAACAAGACCGGCAGGUUCAUAAUUGAGGAGGUUCCAGGAGAGUUCACACAGGAUGACCUGGCUGAGGAUGACGUGAUGCUGCUGGAUGUGUGGGAUCAGGUGUUCGUCUGGAUUGGAAAGGACGCCAACGAGGUGGAGAAGGCUGAAUCUGUCAAAUCUGCCAAACAGUACAUAGAGACUGACCCUAGUGGUCGUGACAAGAAGACUCCUUUGGUGGUGGUGAAACAAGGCUACGAACCCCCCACCUUCACAGGCUGGUUCCUGGGCUGGGACCCCUCCCACUGGGACUCUGUCGCCAAGAGCAUGAAGUCCAUGCAUCUUUAGAUUUAGAUUAUGUUCAACAGAUGUAUUGAUCCAGGACAAACAGAAAUAUUCUCUUUUAUAUAACCAGUUUGAUCAAAGAAAUAAAUGUUUUUUUUCCUGUGACAUGUUUAUCAGAAACCGUGCUUGUAUUUUUCAGCUCAUACAUUAAAUUAAUUUACAAAUAAAUGAAAAGCAUUUAUGAAUAUCUCUUUAACAUUACAACUUUCAAACAGAUAUAUACACACAGAGUUUUUAGACAAACUUUCCACCAGUCUGAACAGAAAUCCACUCCUUCCCAAAGAUGCUGCCACAGGCGCUGACAUCCCAUCCAAACCCUCCCUACAGGAGCUCAAAACCCUUUGCUGGCACACAUCCCACUAUCUUUGCUGUUCAAAAUGUUCAACGUUAUAUCAGUAGCACGCUUACAUAUGUUACAAAUUAGACAUUAGAUAAGAUAUGUACAGGUUUUUCAUUUGGCUCACAGCAGGACAAAAGUUUGUCAGAGGAAAAUGAUUCUCUUUGUCAUGAACUUAAUUAUGCUCCCACUCUCAAAUGCAUUAGCCAUGUCCCCAUCAACAGACAUAUUUACAUUUCCUCCUCACUUCCCGCAAAAAAAGACAGUAUAAAUUCCAAGGCAUUAUAAAGCCUGUAUCAUAGAUAUUGGUGUGAGAUAACGUAUCAGAUUAUGACCAUCACAUAAACUAAUAAAUAGUCAUAAAUGUAAAACUAUAUCCUACUUGAAUAUCACAGUGAUAACGUGUAGGUGGUGCCUGACUGGAAGUGACUGACUCAUGAGACUUCUUUUUUUUGUUCCUUAUGUUAAUACAUGUAGUCAGAUCAUGUGUAUUUAAGCCUUUAAUAAAUGCUUGU